AUGUCCUCCCUCCUCCCCGCCAACCCCAUCGAGCCCUCGCCCAACAACACCAGCUCCUCCGCCGCCACCUCGCCGCCCGUCGAAGCCGCCGCCACGGCAGACCACCCGCCCGCCCACAAGCCCGACCCCACGCUCGAGUCCAAUGCCGCCAAAAGAAGACUCUCCGCCGCCGGUACCUCCUCCACCGCCGAACUCGCCCGUCUUAAGAUAGAGCUCAAGCGCGCCCUGCGCCAGUUCCCGGACUUCCCGUCGCCGGGCAUUCUGUUCGAGGACAUCCUGCCCAUCUUCGCCGACCCCGCCCUGCACGAGCACCUGCUGCGCGCUCUCGAGCUGCACGUCUCCCAGGCAUACCAGAAGCCGGACGUCAUUGUGGGCCUCGAGGCUCGCGGCUUCCUCUUUGGCCCCAGCCUGGCGCUGCGGCUUGGGGCUGCCUUCGUGCCGGUGCGGAAGAAGGGCAAGCUCCCCGGGCCUUGCCAGACGGCGGGGUACCAGAAGGAAUAUGGCGAGGACUUCUUCCAGAUGCAGAGCGACGGCGUCAAGCAGGGCCAGAAGGUGCUCGUGGUGGACGACAUCAUUGCGACUGGCGGCUCCGCGGCAGCAGCAGGCUCUCUCGUGAAGCAGCUCGGCGGCGUCCUACUCGGCUACGUCUUCAUGCUCGAACUCGACUUUCUGCAAGGGCGCGCAAAGCUCGACGCGCCCGUCUACACCCUCCUCUCGAGCCAGGAAAAGUAA